AAUUCCAGCAACGUGUCCGUUUUUCAUUAGUGCGUAAGCUCCUUCGCCCACGCAGUCACCACAGCUCCAAUCCCACGGUUUCUUAUUUUUCGCUCAGUUCCGGUCCAUCCUCUCCAUUCUACAUUCUCUUCGGUCCGCACCUGUAAAGCGCAAAGAUUCCGGUAGCGCUUGAAUUGAAUCGACGAUGACGGAGGCCUUCAUCAGGAAGAAGCCCGGCAUGGCCAGCGUGAAGGACAUGCCGCUGCUUCAGGACGGUCCUCCGCCCGGCGGAUUUGCCCCCGUGAGGUAUACUCGGAGGAUCCCGACGAAAGGUCCCAGCGCCGUCGCUAUCUUCCUCACCGCUCUGGGCGCUUUCUCCUACGGCCUCUACGAGGUUGGGAAGGGUAACAAGAUCCGCAGGGCACUCAAAGAUGAGAAAUACACCGCUCGGAUGGCCAUUCUUCCUCUCCUGCAAGCAGAAGAAGAUGAAAGAUUUUCCAAGGAAUGGAGGAAGUAUCUAGACUAUGAGGCUGAAGUAAUGAAAGAUGUGCCUGGUUGGAAAGUUGGUGAAAGUGUCUACAACUCUGGAAGAUGGAUGCCACCUGCUAGCGGUGAACUCCGCCCAGAUGUUUGGUGAUACUUCCUCUCAAAUCCUCUUCUGGUUCAACCCCGUUUGUCCUGCAGAGUUGUGUCUCUAGUGAUGCUAGUUGCUUUUGUCACUUGAUCUUUGUUCUUUCUUGUGAAAUAAAGUUCCUAGAAGAGGAAACUUUCUGACGAUGAUGAAAAUACAACCAAUGUGAUAGUUGUUCUGCCUACAUGAUUUCCUCCAAAAAUUCACAAUGGAUCUUCAAGUUUUGGGGAGUCUUGAGUUGAGCCGAUGCUGUGGCGUUAGGAGGGGCAGCACGUCCAUUUUCACAUUGCUGUUAUAAUGUUAUUACUUCAGUUACCUUCUUGCUUCAUCCAUAAGUUGAACGGUUCAUUUGAUGUUUGGCUUCUUCCUAGUCCAAUUUCAGUGGCUAGUUCACUAGUACUAUUCUAUUCGUAUCAUUGUGUCUUCCUCCAGCUAGUGUUUAUUGAAGAUCCGAAUCCGGUUGGCUCUUCAUGGUUUUGUACCCUAUCCAACUGGUUUCCAGAGGGGAUUAUGCCCGGCUCUUGGAUCGUUGUCCGUGUCGUGGUUGUUUGAGGGGUAUCAUCCAGGGGUUUGAAGGAAGGGUAGUGGUACAGGUGAACAAUAUGUAUCUGUUUCCGGGAAUCGGGUUUGGCGCUGCUAUCCAGGUCGAAGGUGAUAUCGGACGGGAUGAUGCAGGCAGCGGCGGGUGCUUGACGGCAUGUCCAUAGGAGGAGGAAAUGGGAAAGGGGUAGUGUAUCCUGAUAUAUCCGGAGGGAUAGAACGGUGAAAGAGGCGGAGGCAGUGGUGGAGGCGAUCGAAGAAGAUGUGGCGGAAGGGCACAGAGGAAGGCCCAAGGCUCGGGAGCUCCGGCGGCUGGAGGAUGAAGAGAUUAUGGAGUACGUGAAGAAGAACAUGUGGAGCCCCGAGUAUGCGAAAAUGGUGUCCAAGUACGUAUGAACUAUAAAUGAACGAAGAAGAAUUGUGUAACAAG